AAUAUUGAAUCCUUUCCCCUGCUAUCAUCCGACACAACAUCUAUUCAAAAAGAUACGUUCAUUUAAUGACGAAAAUCAUGUACCUGUAGUACAAGGCGAUAAAAGUUCGAAGUAUCUUAGUACGGAAUUAAUUCUACUUUUCGUAUCGUCAAGUAACGCUACAUCUAUUAAACAUGGAUAAAAGAAAAAUGUCGACAGCAGGGGAUUCCCUGUAUCAAAUAUUAGAAAUUUCAAAAACCGCCACUCCUGAAGAAAUUAAAAGGACUUAUAGAAAGUUAGCAUUAAAGUAUCAUCCUGAUAAAAAUCCAAAUAAUCCAGAAGCAGCAGAAAAGUUUAAAGAAAUAAAUAGAGCACAUGCCAUAUUAACAGAUCUGACUAAGAGAAAUAUAUAUGACAAUUAUGGAUCACUUGGAUUGUAUGUAGCUGAGCAAUUUGGCGAAGAAAAUGUUAAUGCAUACUUUGUAGUCACUUCUGGUUGGUGCAAGGCACUCUUCAUAUUUUGUAGUUUGAUAACUGCAUGUUAUUGCUGUUGUUGCUGCUGUUGUUGUUGCAACUUUUGCUGUGGCAAAUUUAAGCCAACACCGCCAGAAGAUAGUGGGGCAUAUCACAAUUUACAGCGGGACCAGAACCCAGAGGCAAAUGUCGUGACGAAUCAGCCCAGAGGCCUGGCUAAGGAGGAGGAGAGCGACGAAGAUGCGAUUACGGCACAACCACAGGGUGGUCCGCAAAACAAUUCCUCGAGCCAACAGCCUAUUUUCGCCAUGCCUCCACCAGCCAUGAGUCAAUCGGCCACCGUCGAUGAGAACACAAAUUUGAACAGUGGUGCUGAAAGAGUUAUUUACACAACUGCCGCCUCUACGAACCCCUUCAUUGGAGCAAACGUUGGUACAACUAGCACGACUGCAACAAAGUGGUAGUCACCGAACGAUAAAAACACGGUAAACGUAUAAACAUUAAAAGAUUUGUUACAUAACUUCACACGGGGUGGAUUUCGACGUGUAGACAGAAUAGCGCUAGAUACGAAGAAGUAAUCGGAAAUGCUUCUUGCAAAGCGUAUUCUUGGAGGAAACUUGAUUGUAAUUAAGUUAUAAAAGAAUUUUUUUUACCACAUAAUUCAAAUAUUUGGAUUUAUCAUAAAUCCUAUAUGAUGGAUGCUUUAAUAUUAAUUGAUAACAUGAUAAUAAAAUGAUGUACAAUUCAAUUAUCCUUGACAUUUUUAGAUAAUUAAAUCAACGAUAUAUAUAUAUAACUUAGAAAAUAAAUCCUAUACCAUAUAAGUAAUGUAUUCUACUAUUUAAAAGAAGAAGAAAAAUGGUACAAUUAAAAGGGAAUGAAAUAAAAUAAAUAUUAGAAGCAAAUGAUAAUCAUUUCUCCUGAAUUUUUCAACUAACACGUACAAUUAAAAUAAGCGAGAUUUUCUUUAGCAAAUUAUUCAGCAAGAAAUACGGGAAAUGAAAAGUGAUAUUAGCAUUCAUAUGUAAAUCCACCCCGAGUUGGCGAAUAGACGAGACGAAGAAUGACGAAUAAAGGACCUCGAUAUAUAAAUGAAUAUCUCGUACACGGAUUCUCAAUUAUUCUCAAAAAGAAAAAAAAAUAAUGAUAAUUGAAAUGAAUAUUUAACGA